AUGACAAACAAAAUUCUACUCUCACGGUCGUUAUUUCCUCGGAAUGUUAUCCGUGUAGUUCCGAGAAGACUCCUCAAUUUGUCACCUAUCGAAAGGUACGACCAAAAAGUGGCAGAAGAUUUACUCAAAGACGACCCUUACCAGAGAAAAAUUAUACUGAACCUCUCUAUUUUGCAUGGCAAGCUCGAAACCUACAAGGCCCCUGUGGUGGAGACUCCAAAUGUGGAGAACUUGAAACCCAAGAUUGGAGUGGCUAAGUACUUUGAGUCCUUUUUUGGCAAAGGAAAAAAGGAGGUAGACAUUCAGGAUGUUCCUCAAAACGAGAUCAAAGGUAUCUAUCUUUGGGGAGAUGUUGGCUGUGGAAAAACCAUGUUAAUGGACUUGUUUUACCUGACAGUUCCAAAACAUCUACCUAAACGGAGAUUUCACUUCCACCAGUUCAUGCAAAACUUGCACAAACGGUCCCACCAGCUUAAGGUGGAGCACAAUCAUAUGGACUUAGACGUUAUCCCAUUGUUAGCGGCUGAAAUUGCUCAGACAUCUACGGUUCUCUGUUUUGACGAAUUUCAAGUGACCGAUGUGGCUGAUGCCAUGUUGCUCAGACGUUUGAUGACACUUCUUCUCAAUCCAGACCAUGGAGUGAUUUUGUUUGCAACUUCAAACCGUGCUCCUGACGACUUAUACAUGAACGGUAUUCAGAGAGUGCUGUUUAUUCCAUGUAUCCAGUUGAUCAAGAAACAGACAAGAGUUAUCUACUUAAACUCGCCCACAGAUUACAGAAAGAUCCCUAAACCUAUCUCUUCUGUUUACCAGUACCCCAAGCCCGGAGUGAAGUAUCAUAGCAAGGUUAACAGUGCUGCGUGCCUGAAACAUGUUCAGACAUGGUUUGACUACUUUAAUCAGCAUAAUACUAAUAAGGACGUGGUUGUCAACGAUGUGUUGAUUGUUUGGGGCAGACAGUUGAAGGUUCCAUUAAGUUCCAAGCCGGAUGUUGCGCAGUUCACGUUUGACGAGCUUUGUGGAAAGAAUUUGAGUGCUGGAGAUUACUUGACCUUGGCCAACACAUACAAGUCGUUCAUUAUCACCGACAUUCCGUACUUGAGUACCGAUGUGCGUGAUAAGGUUAGAAGAUUCAUCACAUUUUUGGAUGCCGUGUACGAUGCCCAUGGCCGCAUUGCUACCACGGGAGCAGCGGCAUUCAAAGACAUCUUCGUGGAACCCGAGGAGUUGUCCAAGGAUAAUUAUCUGCUCUACAAGAGACAGAAGGAUAAGGGAAUGGAAGAAACGUUUGAAGAUGACGAGUUGGUGGUGAAACACGGAUUUGACAAGCUGAUCGCCAAGAAGGCCUCGAUGUUUGUCAACGACGAGGAGAAAUUUGCGUUUGCAAGAGCAUUAAGUAGAUUGACGCAGAUGGGUACUACAGAGUGGAUCGAGGCACCUAGAGAGUUGCAUUGA